UGGCAGUGGAUGGGCCGGAGGGCCGGACACCAACGCGACAACGCGACCGCCAGUCCGGUGGCCGUCAUGGCGAAGAGCGCCGUGCUGGUGCUGCUCCUCGCCGCCCUGGUCGCGAACCGCCUGUCGUCCUGCCGCGCGGAGAGGAUACCUUCCGGCAUAGGCCCGUUCCGCGUCGAGCUCCGCUCCUUCAACGUGUGUCCAGCGGCCGAGAAGUGCCUCCAUCCAGAAAAGCUGAACAUAGAAAACAUGAAGAUCGCCAGAGACCCCAACAACCCUUACAAGUACACCUACAACGCCGACGUGAACGUGUCUGUACCAGUGGAUGACACUUACAAGACAGAGGUGAAGGUGUCGAGGUGGAGCUCCCUAGGGUGGACAAAUAAUGUCUUCAAGAUGACGGUGCCCAACCCUUGCUCGACGUUCAAGUCCACUCGCCCGGACGUCUUCAAGCAGGUGUCCGACCUGUACUACGGGGGCACCGUCACGGACUGCCCCCUUCCUCCCGUAGCAGCAUUGGUGCGCGACUUCGUCGUGGAGGCCAAGCCGCCCUCCAACGUCAAGACCCUCCCGUACGGCCGCUUCAAGGCCAAGAUCAAGCUGGUCGAUCCGAACCAGGAGUGCGUCACGUGCUACGAUGUCAUCACGGAUAUUUUGCCUAAACGUCGCCAAUAGAUAAAACAAGCAGGCACCAGGUGCAAGGCUGGACCUUUGACAGCACCUCAGUCCAACAAAAGCCUCCAGCUAUCAAAUAUGCAAAGUAAUUGGCACAUCAAGCAGGGCCAGGCACUUGAUGCUAAAGAACGUUAGCUGGGUUAUUAAAGUUGAUACACAUAAGUUCCAAUUUU